AUGAAUGGAGUUGUAGAGGAUACCAAUAAGAAUAUCAAGAAGAUUUUGAGGAAAAUGAUUGGCAAUCACCGAGGUUGGCUAGAGAUGUUGUCAUAUGUUUUAUUGGGUUAUCAAACGACUGUCAAAACGUCGAUUGGAGCUACUUCAUACUUGCUAGUGCAUGGAAUAGAAGCAGUUAUACCUGCUGAGGUCGAAAUACCGUCUUUGAGAAUAAUCAAAGAAGCUGAGUUAAGUAAUGCUGAAUGGAUCAGCAAGCAGAUUGAUCAACUAAAUUUGAUUGAUAAGAAGAGAAUGGUUGUCGUUUUUCAGGAUCAGUUGUAUCGACAAAGAAUGAUUCGCGCUUUCCACAAGAGAGUAAGAUAUAGAACUUUUGAAAUCAGUCAGUUAGUACUUAAGCGCAUUUUUCCUCAUCAAGAUGAGUACAAAGGAAAAUUUGCACCAAACAGGCAAGGACCUUACAUAGUUCGUAAUGUAUUAUCUGAAGGUGCUUUGGUCUUGUCGGAGAUGGAUUGCACCGUGUAG